UGUCUGUGAUCAAGUGUGGUACUGUGCAUGACCGCAUGACCGGCAUGACAGCACAUACACAUCAAUACAGUUACGACACAUACGGUUGCAUACGGUAAGAAAGACUCACCAAAAUGGAACUCAAAUUGUUGGAUAAAUUGCAGAAACUUGGGUACAAUGGAGAGUUAACAGAUCCAAAUAAAUUUACAGCGGCCUUAAAACAGGGCCCAAAAUCGCCACAAUUUACAAAAUUUGUAGCAUGGUUGACAAAUGAAAUUGCAAUACUUUACGAGAUGGAUGAAACUGUUCAUCCAACAAUGUCACCGGAAGAUUCUAGCUCUUUCCUAUUAGAAUUAAACUGUUUCUUAAAGGAAUUAGGAUGUGUGAAUGAAUCCCUAAUGUCUGGUAAUGCCAAUAACCGAUUGGGAAGUGAAGAAAAUAGGUACAUUUUAUUAGAUUUUCUGGGAGCAGAAUUAAAGACUUCUAGAUUACUAGAAUUUCGAAAACAUAAGACCUCUAAUUCCAUGGAUGUUGAUGUUGAGGAGAGUGACACAGCCAAAGAUCUGAAAGACAUGUUAAUAGCAUUAAAUUUUGGGAAACCACCAGAUGAUAUUACUGUUGAAAAGCUUUUUACAAGACUGGAAGGCAAGCUAACUGAAGUGUUAAAAAAAGUACCACCUGAACUUGUGGGUCAACCAUUAAUUACUACAGAAUUCACAGAAAGGGAAUGGAAAGAUCUUCAACUUCUACAACAAGAGUUACAUGACGAAUAUAGAAUGCGUCGCGAUAUGUUACUUAAACGACUCGAUGUAACAGUACAAUCAUUUCUGUGGUCAGACAGGGUCAAAUGUCGAGAAGCUGAAAUAAAUAAACAAUACGAGGACACUAGGAAAUUUUUAAGCGCAGAACCCGAUAUUACAUUUGCUGAUUUAUUAGCCGCAAGAGACGACAUUGCGUUAAUGGAGAAAACAAGCAAUGCGAGCGUUAGGAAAAAUACUCGAAGCGAAAUUAAUUCGGUUAUCAUUGGAACAGUACCAGAUAGAGGUGGAAGACCAUAUGAGCAAGAACCACCACCACCUGAAAUGCCACCAUGGCAGAAAGAUAGAGUACAAGGACCUACAACUUCUGGUGGAGGUCGAGGAGGAGGAGGUGGUUACAGAGGACGCGGAGGAGGUGGAUCUAAUGCAUCUUUUUCUAAUGAUAAUAGAGGAGGUCAAAAACAUGGAUCAUAUGGAGGUGGUGGUAGUUUUGGAGAUAGUGGAUCUCAGAGUUCGAAUUAUUCCUCUAAUAGCAGUGGAUUUGGUGGACAAGGAGGAGGACAUGGAGGAAAACACGGAGGAGGAUAUGGAGGACAUGGAGGUGGUCAAGGAGGUGGAUAUGGAGGAAACUAUGGGGGUGGACAAGGAGGUGGAUAUGGGGGUGGUCAAGGAGGUGGAUAUGGAGCAGGUCAAGGGGGAGGGUAUGGGGGUGGUCAAGGAGGUGGAUAUGGAGGAGGCCAAGGAGGAAACUAUGGGGGUGGACAAGGAGGAAACUAUGGAGGAGGCCAAGGAGGAAACUAUGGAGGAAGUCAAGGAGGAAACUAUGGAGGAGGCCAAGGAGGAAACUAUGGAGGAGGCCAAGGAGGAAAUUAUGGAGGAGGCCAAGGAGGAAAUUAUGGCGGCGGACAAGGAGGAAAUUAUAGAGGACAAGGUGGAAAUAAUAGUUACGGCGGAGAAAACAAAGAUAGCGGAGGAAGUGGUCAUCGAUACUGUUACCCAAGCAAUGCAAGCUCUGGUUCACAAUCAGACAAUCAACGUGGACAACAAUAUCAAGGUGGUGGUUCCAGCGGCGGAGGUAGAGGCGGUAGAGUUCAAGGAGGAUGGAAUCAAGGAAAUAAUUCUAGCACAGAUAACUAUCAACGCGGUGGAUAUAACCGUGGCAGAGGUAGAGGAGGACGACAAUACUAAGAAUACGAUGAUAUUAACUUCUACAUCACAUAUUGACGCUUAAUUGUUUAUAUACUUCAUGCCAUACAUUUAAAUAGGUACUAUACGAGAUAUAAAGUAAUUCAGAGUGAUAGUUCUAAAUUAAAAAUAAAUUAAAGAUUACGAUACUAUUUUCAAUAUAUAUAAAUUAUAUUGUUUCAUAGAAAUUACAAUCAUUAUUU